CCCGCCCCUGGGCUUGUUACCGCGGGGGCGGGGAGUGCGGGCUUCUUUUGGGGGGAGUGGAGAUCGGGGGACUCGGCUGUGCCCUCUUGAGCGGCUGCCGGUGUCCCCGCGGCGCCGGGCUGCCCAGCAGAGGAGCCGCGGCCGCCGUGGCUGUUGCAUGUGUGGCUGCUGGAUGCGGAGGCGGCGGCGGCGGCGGCGGCGAGGAGCAGCAGCGGCGGCAGGAUGUUAGGGCAGCAGCAGCAGCAACUAUACUCGUCGGCCGCGCUCCUGACCGGGGAGCGGAGCCGGCUCCUCACCUGCUACGUGCAGGACUACCUCGAGUGUGUGGAGUCGCUGCCCCACGACAUGCAGAGGAACGUGUCUGUGCUUCGAGAGCUGGACAACAAAUAUCAAGAAACAUUAAAGGAAAUUGAUGAUGUCUAUGAAAAAUAUAAGAAAGAAGAUGAUUCAAACCAGAAAAAACGCCUACAGCAACAUCUCCAGAGAGCAUUAAUCAAUAGUCAAGAAUUGGGAGAUGAAAAAAUUCAGAUUGUCACACAGAUGCUCGAAUUGGUGGAAAAUCGGGCAAGGCAAAUGGAGUUGCAUUCACAGUGUUUUCAAGAUCCUGCUGAAGGUGAACGGGCCUCAGAUAAGGCAAAGAUGGAUUCCAGCCAACCGGAAAGAUCUUCAAGAAGACCCCGCAGACAGCGAACCAGUGAAAGCCGUGAUUUAUGUCACAUGACGAAUGGGAUUGAAGACUGUGAUGAUCAGCCACCUAAAGAAAAGAAAUCCAAGUCAGCCAAGAAAAAGAAACGCUCCAAGGCCAAGCAGGAAAGGGAAGCAUCACCUGUUGAGUUUGCAAUUGAUCCCAAUGAACCUACAUACUGUUUAUGUAACCAAGUGUCUUAUGGGGAAAUGAUCGGAUGUGACAAUGAACAGUGUCCAAUUGAAUGGUUUCACUUUUCGUGUGUUUCGCUUACCUAUAAACCAAAGGGGAAGUGGUAUUGCCCAAAGUGCAGGGGAGAUAAUGAGAAAACAAUGGACAAAAGUACUGACAAGGCAAAAAAGGAUAGAAGAUCGAGGUAGUAAAUGCCCUCCACAUUUUAAAAGGUUAUUUGUCUUUUAUAUAAUUCUUUCAGAAUUUACUUUCGGAAAAUGUUUUAGGGUAAAUGCAUAAGACUAUGCAAUAAUUUUUAAUCAUUAGUAUUAAUGGUGUAUUAAAAGUUGUUGUACUUUGUCUGUGACCUUAAUUUUCUGCACUGAAUUACCAAAUAUUUUAAACCAGGUAGUCUUUAGAUCACCUGAUGAAAGGAGCAGGGAAUAGGGAGAGGGUGGUGUGAAUAUU